AUGCCCUUCGCUUUCGAUAUAAAGAUUGGUGGAAUCAACAUUGAAAUCGAUAUCAAUAGCGGCCCAAACAAUGGCCAACUCCCCAUGUUCAACCAAAUCGGAAACCAACAAAUUCACCAAAACCAUCAUCCCAUGCAACCAAUGCAGCAGAUGGCCAUGCCCAUAUUCCAGAUGCCAAAUCAAAUCAAACAAGAACAUCACCAAGAACAACACCACAAUCAUCACCACCACCAUCCUCAACAUCAAGAACAACAAGUGUUCUACCCUCCACCUCAAAUGUUUCAGGAAGUACCUGCUCCUGUAGUUUAUCAAGCGCCUGCUCCUAUUGUUGAGCAAGUUCAAGCUCCAGUGGUGGUUGAAGCUCCAGCUCCAAUUGUUGAGAGAGCUCCUGAACCUGUUGUCGAACAAGCCCCAGUUGCUGCUGCACUUGUUGUCGACCUCGUGCCAGCCAUGGCUGCUCUUAGUGUUUUCGAGACCACUGUUCAACCAUUGAGCUCUCAAGAAGUCGCUGAUUUGGUUCUUAGAGCACAUACAGCUAUGAAGGGUCUUGGUUGUGACAACGCCUCACUAAUCAACAUCCUCGGUAACUUGCAUGCCUCUAAUGCCGGACAGUUAAAUCACGCAUACAAGGCCAACUAUGCCAAAUCCCUUUACGAAGCCGUUGGUAAUGAAACCAGUGGCAAUUACGGGAAAUUGGCAGAAUUAUGCUGUCUUCCAGUCGCUGAGUGCGCUGCUAUAGAAUUAAAGGCUGCCAUGAAGGGAGCUGGAACUGACGAAAGUGCUUUGAUUGAUGUCCUUGUUGGAUGCAACAAUGCCGAAAUGGCUGAAAUCAAGGCAGCUUUCCAGGCACUCUAUAGUCAGAACUUGGAGCAUCAGGUUGCUAAAGAGACUCAUGGUAAUUUUGGCAAGGCUCUGAUUGCUUUAUUGCAAGGACAACGUAACGAAGGUGGUGAAUGGAAUGUACAAGAUGAUGUUGAUCUCCUUUACCGCAGUGGGGAAGGUCGCAUUGGUUGCGACGUUGGCGAAUUCAUCUCGGUACUGUGUACUCGUCCUGGGGGUCAUUUACGUGCAGUAUUUGAAGGAUAUACCCGUACUCACAACAAGGACAUUGCCAGAGUCAUCAAGUCUGAAACAGGCUCUGAUCUAGAACAUGUUCUGUUGGCCAUUGUUAAAUCCAUUCGCGAUCAUCCCGCUUAUAUUGCAGAAUCGAUCGAAUCAGCCAUGUCUGGAAUUGGUAUGGACGGAUAG